CCCUCGCGGUAGGUGCGAUGACAGCGCCGACUGCGAACAUUCCGAUCUUUGCUCUGGCCAGGAAUCCCGAUUACACGCCACCUCCAUACCAAAUCCCAAUCCGCAGCCACGACCCCGAACCUUACCAAGCUCCGGAAGACCGUCCAGUUCAAGAGAUUUACAAUGAGCCGCAAAGAUACCAAGUUCCAGUAACCUACGUGGCCCAAGAGCCUUAUCAAACUGAACAGCGUUACCCGGAAGAGAGGCAUCGCUCCUCGGCCCCGGCAUAUGGCCCGGGAUCAACUGAUGAAGGCCCUGCUCGGUAUCAAUUCACCUACGGGAUAAAGGACGACUACUCUGGAAACGACUUCGGCCACCAGGAAGCUCGCGAUGGUUACAAAACCGAAGGAAACUACUACGUGCAGCUCCCCGACGGUCGCCUACAGCAGGUCGAGUACACGGUUGACGGCGACUCCGGCUACGUGGCUCAGGUCAGCUACAAGGGUGAAGCCAAGCACCCCGAGUACAAUCCCGCUCCGGCCUACACGCCAGUUCCAUCCUACAAGUCUGCCAGGUCUUACCAGCCAGCGUACACCUUUAGAUCCCUUCACAUUCCACCUGUUCGCAACAGUUCACCCUUUUAUUUUUAGCUUCCUUUACUCAAUAGAUA